AAACUCUGCCACAGAAGAAGAAACGCAGAUUCGGCUAGUGAGCUAGCCUAGCCCCAAGGCGAUAUUUUAGUGAAAAAUGGCUACUGUGCUCCCCAUCAGACCGCCUUGCGAUAGUAAUCCUGCUACUCCAGGAGCACAGUCUAUAAAGGAAGAUGUAAUAGAAGAAAUGUCCAACGAUGGCAGCCAGCCUCCUAAAAGGAGGAGAAUGGGUUCAGGAGACAGCUCUAGAAGCUGUGACACCUUCACUCAAGAGCUUGGGCCAACAUAUUUCCCUGCAGAAAACCUGACAGAAUAUAAGUGGCCGCCUGAUGAAACAGGAGAGUAUUACAUGCUGCAGGAGCAGGUCAGCGAGUAUCUGGGAGUCACAUCGUUCAAGAGGAAGUAUCCUGAUAUGGAAAGAAGAGACUUGUCCCACAAAGAGAAGCUCUACCUUCGUGAGCAGAAUGUCAUUACAGAGACACAGUGCACCCUGGGUCUGACGGCUCUGCGGAGCGAUGAAGUGAUAGAUCUGAUGAUAAAGGAGUAUCCCUCCAAACAUUCAGAGUAUUCCGUCAUACUGCAGGAAAGAGAGCGGCAGCGAAUAGCUAAAGAGUACUCUCAAAUGCAGCAGCAGAAUCCUCAGAAGGUGGAGGCCAGCAAGGUUCCUGAAUACAUAAAGGAGGCAGCAAAGAAAGCUGCAGAGUUCAACAGUAACUUCAACAGGGAGCGUAUGGAGGAGAGGAGAGCUUACUUUGACCUGCAGACGCACAUUAUCCAGGUACCACAAGGCAGAUUCAAGGUGUUGGCUCCAGAACUAACCAGAACUGGGCCUUACCCUGUGGCUCUCAUACCAGGACAGUUCCAAGAUUACUACAAAAGGUACUCUCCCAAUGAGCUGCGCUAUUUGCCUCUGAACACGGCGCUGUUUGAGCCUCCACUGGAUCCAGAKCUCCCUGCUCUGGACUCAGAGCCGGACUCAGACGACGCUGAGGAGGKCAAGGAUGACAAGAAGAUCAAGAACUCAUCUGACAGCUCUUCAGGUAACGCCUCGGACAUAGAGAGCCAGGAGGGAGGAGGAGGAGGAGGAGGAGGACAGGGCCACAAGUCCAAAGUUAAAGACAGGACAUCGACGCCCAGCAAAGACCAGCGCCACGCUGCCUCCCACAAAACCACUCCAGGGUACAAGCCUAAGGUCAUUCCCAGUGCAAUAUGUGGCAUUUGCCUGAAGAGUAAAGAGGCCAACAGGAGAGGCAAGCCGGAGGCUCUCAUUCACUGCUCCCAGUGUGAGAACAGCGGCCACCCGUCCUGCUUGGACAUGAGCGCGGAGCUGGUGUGUGUGAUCCAGACGUACCGCUGGCAGUGCAUGGAGUGUAAGACCUGCACCGUGUGCCAGCAGCCCCACCACGAGGACGAGAUGAUGUUCUGUGACAARUGUGACCGCGGGUACCACACGUUCUGCGUCGGAAUGAGCUCCAUACCCACAGGUCAUUGGAUAUGUGAAGUUUGUGACAAAGACUUUACCACACCGAAGAAGAAAGGAGCAGUCAAAACACCUAAGAAAUCAAAGUCAGCCCAAAAAUAAAGAACUCAACAAUCAUAAGUCAUAAAAUCUACGAAUGCACUGUCAAUAAUUUGUUCUAAUAUAUCAGAGAAUUUUUUUGUCUUAGUAUAACCUUCAAAUGCCCAAAUUAUCAAGAAAACCAAAAAGGUGAAAUUGUUAAAAGUAAAACAAACAAUAACUUAAGUUUAAUUCCUUUGUUAUAUUUUACAUGUGUUUGUAAUUAACAGAUAAAAUGUUGUGUGUGGUAUCCACUGUCUCUGUCGACAUCUGAUGUUUGACAAAUGUCGAUGACAUCGGGCGUUAACGAUGUCUGACCUCAGUCAGAAUCAGAACUUACCUCCAGGAAAUGAGACGCGUCGUUUCGCUCGUAACAUUUGUGCAGCUAUAAACCGUGUUAAAAUAAUUUCAGUGAAACUAAUGGUGCUUUUUGUCCUGUACCACUGGAACAUUCAAGAUUUUUGAGGACAUUUCAACAACAGCUGCUCUUUUUGUUUUUGUAUUUUAUUAUGUCUACUUUAUGUUUUUAUGAGUUUUUAUUUUUUAAAGGUAGGGACAGUGGUGGGCAUUUUGCUUUUAACAAAUGCUGUUUAGUCACUCCUGUGACUGAUGGUUGGAGUUUUCAGGUUUGUGUCUCAGCUCUGCUCUGCUUUUGUCGUACUAAAAGAAAACCACUUUUAUUUACACUAAAAUUGUGUGAAAUUUAGCAGUCAUGUUAUUUUUUUAUUGUGUUUUGCAUUAAUUAUUGAUAAUAACUUGGUUAUUUGAGAGAUGUGUUUUUUUUAGUAAUUGAUUUUGUUUUUUGGAAUAAAAACCACUUUAAAAGGGUAAAAAGAAGCAGUUUAUUUUUAUAUUUGUUCAAUUUACUGCAUCAGACUUAGCAGUAGCAUAAAACUUGAUACUGCUGUUUGAAAUUAAGAGUCUCAAAAUUCUUAUUUGUUCAAUUUAAURUCUAGACAAAUAAUGCCUACUAAUUCUGUAAAUUAUAGUUAAAAUUAUCCAGAUAUGACUUUGUCAUUGCUAAAUUAGCAAUACUUAAAAUGUCUCAGUGGUAUUCUGUUUUAUUUUAUUUUAGAUUGUGUAUGCUUGUUAAACCUAAGAAUACAGUAUGAUACUUUGGUCUUGUUUCUAAUUUGGUGAAAAUAUUAACACAUUGAAUUAAUGACAUUUUAUUACAAAAAAGGAACAUUUUUGGUUGACUGAAUAAUUUUUGUGAGUUGCUAAGCUUUAUUAAUAAAGUCCUAUCAUGCAAAA